CCGCCCCGGAGAGGGAUGGGCCGGGAUGGGCUAGGCAGGGGUAGGAGCAGGGGGCGGGGGCGGAGCGAGCCGUGCUCGGGCUGGAGGGACCGGCUCCGUUCCACAGCCCUGCAGCCGCACCGCCCCGUCCCUCCCGGUGCCGCGGCUGCGGGGACGGGGCAGCGCCGGACGGUUCCCGACGCCUCCCGCCGGUGGCGGGGCCCGGGCCGUGAGCCGAGCCGGACGGGCGCGGGGCGCAGCGGGAUGGCCCAUCCGACCGCCUUCAGCUUCCGCGUCCCAGAGGACGCCGAGAGCGACGACCAGGAGCCAAGCCCGGACAAUGAAGGAGCCCUGCACACCUCCUUCCACCAGCUCAUCCAGGAGCAGAGCAGCUUGAUAGAGGCGGAUCUGGAGCUGGAGCUACAGGCGAGGGGCAGAGUCCCAGAGCAUGCAGCACACCUGCCCCCCCCAGAUGCCUGUGCUGUGGCCUGGCCAGAGCCCGGGCAGGGCGACCAGCAGCCCGGCUACUCCUCUGCCUCCCUGCGCAUCCUCGCCAGCAUGCCCAGCCGCACCAUCGGCCGCAGCCGCGGGGCCAUCAUCUCCCAGUACUACAACCGCACGGCCCGGCUGCGGCGCCGCAGCAGCCGCCCUCCCCUGCAGCAGCUCUGCCGCUCGGCACGGCCCAGCCUGCGGCACUACGACCUGGAGACCGACCCUGCCAGGGCCACGCUGGAGGACAAGCGGAAUCUGCUGGUGAAGGAGCUGCUGAACCUCUCACCCAGCCAGCGCAGCCACAUGCUGCUCACCGUGCCCCUCAGCCUGGCAGAGAAACGCAUCCUCCGGCGGGAGCUGAGCAGGCAGAGGGGCCCCCCCAGGCAGCACACCCAGCUCCAGGCCCCCUCCUCUCCGUGCGGGUGGUCCGGAGACUACAUCAUCCUCGGUUGCCGGGGUCUCUGGUACAGGCUCCUCUCGCUGCUCCUCGCUGCACAACCCUGGCACUAUGCCCUGAAGCAGAUCGGCAGCCGCUUCGGCUCCAGUGUCCUCUCCUACUUCCUCUUCCUCAAGACGCUCCUGAUGUUCAACAUCAUCUCAUUCCUCAUCCUCCUCGUCUUUGUGGUGGCCCUGCAGGCUGUGUACCCCCCCGCCUCGGCCAGCUCCCAGCCCUUCACUGGCCUCGAGCUCCUCACAGGAGCGGGCUACUUCACUCACUCGCUGCUCUACUAUGGCUACUACAGCAACGUCACCCUCAACGACCCCUGCGCCUCGAGCCCCAACGGCAGCACCUGCGCCCUCACAGCCCCCCCGCUGCCCUACAACAUGCCCCUGGCCUACAUGUUCAGUGUUGGGGUCUCCUUCCUCAUCACCUGCAUCCUGCUGGUGUACAGCAUGUCCCGCUCCUUCGGGGAGAGCUACCGCGUGGGCAGCUCCACGGGGGACCUGGCUCUCAAAGUCUUCUGUGCCUGGGACUUCAAAGUGAUCCAGAGGCGCUCAGUGAAGCUGCAGUGUGAGAACAUCUGCACACAGCUGAAGGAGCUGCUGGCAGAGCAGCGCUCCCGCGCCCGCCCCCGGAGCCUCUGCCAGCGCCUGGGGCACUGGGCUGUGCUGCUCCUGGCCUGGGGGCUCUCGCUGGGCACGGUGCUGGGCUGUGUGCUGGCUGUGCACUACUUCUCAGAGCACAUGCACGGGGUUCAGCAGGACCAGCGAGCACAGGGCAGCAGUGAGUGGCGUCAGGAAGCCAUCCUGCUGCUCCUGCCCCUCGUUGUGUCCCUCCUCAAUGUGCUGAUGCCCCACCUGUACAACUUGCUGGCCAUGUGGGAGAAGCAGGACUCCCCUGUGGCACGGGUCUACGUGGCAAUCUGCAGGAACCUCAUUCUGAAGAUGGUGGUGCUUGGCCUGCUCUGCUACCAGUGGCUCAGCCGGAGAGUUGUCUGCUCCACAGAGCAGUGCUGGGAGACGUGUGUGGGGCAGGACCUGUAUCGCUUCGUGGUGAUGGACUUCAUAUUCACCCUGCUGGACAUGCUCUUCGGGGAGCUGGUCUGGAGGCUGAUCUUGGAGAAGAGGCUGAGGAGAAACCAGAGGCCCGAGUUUGACAUCGCCCGGAACGUGCUGGAGCUGAUCUAUGGGCAGACUCUGACCUGGCUCGGUGUUCUCUUUGCCCCGCUCCUGCCUGCUGUGCAGAUGCUGAAGUUGCUACUGCUGUUCUAUAUCAAAAAGACCAGCCUGAUGCAGAACUGCCAGUCCCCCAGCAAGCCCUGGCAGGCAUCUCACAUGAGCACUGUCUUCAUCACCCUGCUCUGCUUCCCGUCCUUCCUGGGUGCAGCCGUUUUCCUCUCCUACACCAUCUGGUCGGUGCGGCCGUCGGAAAACUGUGGUCCCUUCCGAGGGCUGGAAAGUAUCUACAAGUCAGGGAAGACCUGGGUGCAAGUGCUGGAGAAGUCCAACCCAAACAUCACCUGGUUCACCUGGGUCCACCAGCACGUGGUGGAGAACCCCUCCCUCCUGUUCUUCGUGUCCGGGGUCCUUCUAGCCGUGAUCUACUUCAACAUCCAGGUGGUGCGGGGCCAGCGGAGGAUCAUCCGCCUGCUGCGGGAGCAGAUCGCCAACGAAGGAGAAGAUAAGAUAUUUCUCAUUCAGAAGCUUCACUCCGUUUACCAGCAGAGAGAGAGACGUGCCUGAGCCCCAGUGCCAGACCCCAUGAAGGAACAGAACAGGAUGCAGGACAGGGUCUGGAUGUGGCCAUCGUUCCAAGCCAUGCUGGUGUAGCACUGGAAGCAGCAGGACUGGGGGGUAGUGGGGAAGAUCCUGUCCUCCAGGCUGCAGUGGUCAAGGACCCACUGGGACACAUCCUCUGGCAGCUCCCCUGUGGCAAAGGGACGUGGGCAGUGCUGCUGACAAGAGCUGCCGGGGCUGUGGCAGGCGCAGCAGGAUGAGGGCCCAGACUGCUGCCACGUCCCAGGGCACAGCUCCCACACAGCCCUGUCCCAUGCGCCCUCACUGCUGGCACAGCACAGCUCUCCCUUUGUCAACACCCCAGCUGGCCUGGAGAACAGCUCUGUGCUGUUUUCAGAAGCCAUCAAGGGACAGUGACGCUUUCUGGCUGCACAGAACCUGCAGCCCCUUUGCAGUGUCCAGGAGCAGCGAGGCCUGAACUGCCCGGACCCAGCCCAGCCCAGCGCCUGGCUCGCAGCAGUUGGUCCACACCUUGCCCAGGAGCCCUCCAGGCUCCCCCAGCCUGGCAGCCCCCGGCACUGUCCCUGCAGGCAGGACGUGCUCAGAACCAGCGGUGCUGAGUUCUGUGCAGCAGAACCCCAAGGCUCUGUCUGCCCCACUGCAGGCUGACCUGGCCCAUUAAAGUGUAGCUGUG